AUGGUGACUUCUCGCCAACCAUUACCAAUCUAUGAAAAGAUUUUAAAAGCCUUGAAGGAAAAUUAUGAUCACUAUUGUCAGAAGAAGAGGACAAAAGCAACUCAGCUGAUACAGACUCAAUGUUGUAUGAUGUUGUCUUCUGAAGAAGAAUUUCCUAGUCUGCGUCAAGCAAAUUCACAAGAGGAAAUUAUGAUGAAACCUUUCAUCUACAGCAAAGAAGUGACAGCAGAAGGAACCAAGAAACCUAUCUCUCAGGCAGAAGAAGUGCUAAACUGGCAAACAAAAAAUGUUUUAGCCCAGAAUAGCCUACUACAAAAGAUUGAAAGAAAAAUGGAUAAAAUUGAAUUGUCCAUAGAAAAAGAGAUCGGAGGCAUGAAUUCCAGGCUACAAAAGCACUAUGCAGAAUUGAAGGAGAAGAUGGAAAGACUUGAAGAGGAGACAAGAAAAAUUAAAGAAACAAGGAGAUUCAACAACCUGCUCAUUGAAAAAGAAAGAGAGUUACAAAAAACCAGAGAGCAGUAUGAAGAACUUGUCCAUUAUGUAGGAGAGAAAAAGAAGAUUCCCAUCUUCGAAGAUGAACCUUACUAUCCUACACCUGAACCUUCUCCUAAGAAAGCAGAAGUCUCUUCUGAUGAAAAGAUUUUCCAAGAUGCCCAAGACCCUUAUUCUCAAUACACAAUCCACCAUAUCAGUUCAGAUGAUUCAAUUCCUUCUUCUGAUGAAGAAUCAGUAGAAUCUUUUGAAGAAAACACUGAAACAAAAGAAGCAGAAAUACCUCCAAAACAAAACUGGUUCAAUCCAGAUACUCCUUUUCUGAAUAUCUUUGCUAUUCUUAUGGGAGAAGAAUUCACAGAAGAUGAUCAAUGCUUGUGGUGUGAGAAGCUAAAAGCGAUUAUGGGUAGCAGAAUGGGAAGAAGGGUGGUGCAGUUCGCAAACCUACCCAUAAAGCUUUUGAUGCCAACAACCUUCACCAACAUCCAAGAAAUCGCACUCAAGACUAUUCCUUCGGCCUCCAAGAUCGAGAUCAAGCGCGUUCUCGAAUCGCUCUACGGCUUCGAGGUCGAGAGGGUUCAUACGCUAAACAUGGAGGGCAAGAAAAAGAAAAGGGGCGGGUUGUUGAUCGCCAAACCCGAUUACAAAAAGGCCUACGUCACUCUCAAGAACCCGCUCUCCAUUUCGCCGGAUCUCUACCCGAUCCGAAUCAUCGAGGAGGAUAAGAAGCGGGUCAACAAACAAACCAAGUCCAGCGUUGUCGAGGAAGAGGCCCACACCAGGAGUCACUGGCUUGAUGACAGGAAAGAGACCCAACAGCCCUUCAGGGCCCACCAAAGGCAUGGACGUUUGGGCCGGCCCGACGCUAAUGCUAAGUUCCCAUGGUCCAGCAUGAGGUCUGGUAGUAGUUCUUCCAGGUAG